UUUUCGACUCCCCCUCCCUAUGCUUAUUUGAAUAGACUAUCUAGUGGUUUGAAUGUUGUAGAGGUGACCGGCUCUUUUUGUCUCAUUCUCCGUUUCCCCCUAUAGCAAUAAUCUACCUCAUAGUCGUGUCUGUAGAGGACAAAAUGGCGAAACUUUGGUGGUGCGUCGUGGUGAUUCUAGUGUCGUUUGCAGUCCUGGCUGAAGCAUCGUCAACGACAAGGAAGCCCAAGUCGCGCAAAGCUUCAUUAAAUAGGAAUUUAGCGCAACAACCCAGCAGUUCUAGAAGAGUUCCAUCGAGUAGUUCGGCCAGAAAACCUUCCAGUUCUCAACGAUCAUUGCCGUCGCCCAUAGCUGCCACCAACGAUUUAACUUCUGGUGUCAGACGGAAUCCCGCAUCGCUUCAGUCAUCUCAGGAUUUGGGAUUUGAAGCCAGUCCAGUUGAUCGUUCUCGCCUCAAGGACGAUAUGUCUGCAUUAGGUUUGAAUCUAAAUCCGGAAGAUAACAACAUUAACGUUAUGGGACCAUUGGAUGCUGGAAGAAGACCUCCACAGCGUCCUCCAGCACCCCGUCCAAAUCAACAACGUCCCAAUUCUUAUAACGACUAUGAAGAUAUGCUCUUUGAUGAAUAUGACCAGCCGUUGCAAGACAACAAACUUUUAGCUGAAACGUCGUCGUCUACUUCUGGAAAAUUUCUCAAAUCAGAAGUAUGCGGCCGGAAAUUUUUCUGCCAGCGAGGUAACCGAGGCCCUUGCCAUCGCAACGAAGUUUUCGUUCCUCAGGUGAACGAUUCGAGUUUGGCAAUAACUCGUCCGUCGUGCGGCAAUUUGGUAUCGUAUCCCUGGAACGGUUGCAUGUCAGCUGGAAAAGUCGGAGUGGCAGCAGCAAAUUCCGUAAUGAGUGGCGGAUGUGCCGUUCGCUUUCCACAAAGGCCUUGCUAUGGAUACCCACCCAAUUAUCGUUUUUACGACGAGUCUAAGCGUUGCUAUCCUGUCUCCAUGGGGUGGGAGACUGGUAUGACGAAUUCAGGCCCGUGCCCGUUAAAUAAAGUAUUCACUGAUAUUGAUGGAACAAAUGGCAUGUGUCAAUGCCGCGAUCGUAAUCAGCUCUUAUUCAAGGGAGACGAUAGGUGCCACCGUAUCUAUGCCAAGGGUCCUUGUGAUCAUGGUCAAUGGCUUGAGCCGGAUACCAACGGCUAUGGCACCUGCCGCUCCUCGCCUUGCCCGGAAAGCAAGUGUGACGGGCGCCACAUAUACUGGAAGUCAACACCAAACUCCGAAGGCGGUUGUUAUAAGUCAUUCACACGUGGGCCUUGCAGACGUGGUAGUUAUUUCCUCGUUGAGGAUUAUGGCACUCGAAGGGGUCGAUGUGUUUCUCAAUUUGGAUCGUCGUUCAAUCCAAUGAAUCCUUACGUCCUUCCGCCACGCUAUCCCAUGAUGAGAAACCCUUACGACAUGAUGUAUUCUAACAACGUGGUGAGUCCGUGGUCGAAAUUUGGCAUGUAUCCGCCGUUUGGCAUGCAGGAAGAAUAUGGCGGAGAUGACUAUGAUGACAUUUCCAGUCUUGAUUACUAAACUAGAAAACUUUUACAGAACCAUUCACAUGGUUUUGUCUCUUUAAUUCCAUAUAAAAAAAUUCAACCGCAAAUUGUUUUAUCCGCCAUACGUUACAAUAGAAAAUGUUUAGUGUAUGUAGUCAAAUUCAUAAUUCGUUAACCAAUAAUGAGUUUAAAGUAAAUGUAAUUUUCACCUUGAAAGCUUGAAUAGGGAUAUGUUAAUUCUG